AACUAAAACCAUACGGUGGAUGCGAGGUUGCGUUCAGUUGAGCGCCGUACACGUUCGAAGCAGGUCGCGUUCCGUCUUGCCUCUUCAGUGUGGUGUGGUGGUGUUGUGCUGCUCUACUCUACUCUACUUAUCGUAACAUCCCCCUCGAAACGGGCCUUUUGAGAAUAGAGUGAAGAAUUUCCCCCUCGAUCGAAGAAAAAUGACAGUGUGAGAAGAAACGAAGAAGAGCAGAGAGCGCGUGUAGAGAAGAAGCAAGGAAGGAAAGAAAAGUGUUGUAGGAAAAUCGAUUUUACGAAAGUGGAAGAAAGCUGGUGAACGGAGGGAAUUCCAAGGAGUAACGAACACUACCACCCCGCCCCAGCCGAGAAGGAAGGAUCCCUGCGCCCCAGGAGCAUCCCCCUUCGCAAGCAUCUCCCCCAGCAAGGAAGUUGAAGUUGUCAAACAGGAGCUGAAAAAGUAGCAGGAGCAGCGGCAGAAUAAGGAGACACUUGGAGGAUCCCGCUCGACAACAGAACAGAAGGCCAGAAGAAAAAUAGUUGCGCAACCUUAGAUAAAGAACCGUCCGUCGGCUUCGGCUGAGGAUUUGAUUUUUUUUUUCACGAGGGAAUCCCCCGCGCAUUUUUUUCCACCGAAAAUCGUCACACCAGACAGCCAGAGCCCACUUGGCCCUAGGUCAUGUCCUCCGAGACCGGCAGGACGGACUCGUACCGAGUCGCCACGGUGGCACCGCUGAAGGAUGACAACCGAACCGCCGAUGGUCAAUACAAGUCAAGACGCAAAAUGCCACCAAAGAAGAAAGGAGAUAAUUUAGAUGAUCUAAAACAGGAGUUGGACAUCGAUUAUCACAAAAUCACACCGGAAGAACUGUACCAGCGAUUACAGACACAUCCAGAAAAUGGUCUCAGCCACGCGAAGGCGAAGGAGAACCUAGAACGAGAUGGACCAAACGCACUUACCCCACCUAAACAGACGCCCGAAUGGGUCAAGUUCUGUAAGAAUCUCUUCGGUGGCUUCGCUCUGUUGCUGUGGAUCGGUGCUAUCCUCUGUUUCAUUGCCUACUCGAUCCAGGCCAGUACCGUUGAGGAACCGGCCGACGAUAACCUGUACCUCGGCAUUGUGCUGGCCGCCGUCGUGAUAGUUACCGGUAUUUUCUCGUAUUAUCAGGAAUCGAAAAGUUCGAAGAUUAUGGAAUCGUUCAAGAACAUGGUACCCCAGUUUGCCACCGUGCUGCGUGAGGGCGAAAAGCUGACCCUGCGUGCUGAAGACCUGGUAAUCGGUGACGUCGUUGAGGUCAAGUUUGGCGAUAGGAUACCGGCCGAUAUUCGCAUCAUCGAAGCCCGAAACUUCAAGGUCGACAACUCGUCGCUGACCGGCGAAUCGGAACCGCAAUCCCGAGGACCCGAUUUCACCCAUGAGAACCCCCUGGAAACCAAGAAUUUGGCCUUCUUCUCAACCAACGCCGUCGAGGGUACCGCCAAGGGUGUCGUCAUCAGCUGCGGUGAUCACACCGUGAUGGGUCGUAUCGCUGGUCUCGCCUCCGGUCUGGACACCGGUGAGACUCCAAUCGCCAAGGAAAUCCACCAUUUCAUCCAUCUGAUUACCGGUGUCGCUGUGUUCCUCGGUGUGACCUUCUUCGUUAUUGCCUUCAUCCUCGGCUACCACUGGCUGGACGCUGUCAUCUUCCUGAUCGGUAUCAUCGUCGCCAACGUACCGGAAGGUCUGCUCGCCACCGUGACCGUGUGUUUGACCCUGACUGCCAAGCGUAUGGCCUCAAAGAACUGCUUGGUUAAGAAUCUGGAAGCCGUCGAAACCCUCGGAUCGACCUCGACAAUCUGCUCGGAUAAGACCGGCACACUGACCCAGAACCGUAUGACAGUUGCCCAUAUGUGGUUUGACAACCAGAUCAUCGAAGCCGACACCACUGAGGAUCAGAGCGGUGUUCAGUACGAUCGUACCAGCCCCGGAUUCAAGGCCCUGUCCCGCAUCGCCACCCUGUGCAAUCGCGCCGAAUUCAAGGGAGGUCAAGAUGGUGUCCCAAUCCUGAAGAAGGAAGUCAGUGGCGAUGCCUCGGAAGCUGCUUUGCUCAAGUGUAUGGAACUGGCUCUCGGAGAUGUGCUGAGCAUCCGUAAACGCAACAAGAAGGUCUGCGAAAUUCCAUUCAACUCGACCAACAAGUACCAGGUUUCCAUCCACGAAACGGAGGACGCCAGCGAUCCGCGUCAUCUGCUGGUCAUGAAGGGUGCCCCCGAACGUAUCCUGGAACGCUGCUCGACAAUCUUCAUCAACGGCAAGGAGAAGCUGAUGGACGAAGAGAUGAAGGAAGCCUUCAACAAUGCCUACCUGGAGCUCGGAGGUCUCGGUGAACGUGUGCUCGGAUUCUGUGACUUCAUGCUGCCAUCGGACAAGUUCCCCCUCGGAUACAAGUUCAACUCGGACGAGGUCAACUUCCCGUGUGAGAACCUGCGCUUCGUCGGCCUCAUGUCCAUGAUUGACCCUCCCCGCGCGGCCGUCCCGGAUGCCGUCGCCAAGUGCCGCUCCGCCGGUAUCAAAGUAAUUAUGGUUACUGGUGAUCACCCGAUCACUGCCAAGGCCAUUGCCAAGUCGGUUGGCAUUAUCUCGGAGGGCAACGAAACCGUGGAAGACAUCGCCCAGCGUCUCAAUAUUCCGGUUUCGGAGGUUAAUCCUCGUGAGGCUAAGGCCGCCGUUGUGCACGGUUCGGAACUGCGCGAUCUGUCCACGGAUCAGAUCGAUGAGAUUUUGCGCUACCACACGGAGAUUGUGUUUGCUCGUACCUCGCCGCAGCAGAAGCUGAUCAUCGUGGAAGGUUGCCAACGUAUGGGUGCCAUUGUUGCGGUAACGGGUGACGGUGUCAACGAUUCGCCUGCGCUCAAGAAGGCCGAUAUUGGUGUUGCCAUGGGUAUCGCCGGGUCCGAUGUGUCCAAGCAGGCUGCCGACAUGAUUCUGCUCGAUGACAACUUCGCUUCGAUCGUUACCGGCGUCGAGGAAGGCCGUCUGAUUUUCGACAAUUUGAAGAAAUCGAUUGCGUACACGCUGACAUCCAACAUUCCGGAGAUCUCGCCUUUCCUGGCGUUCAUCCUGUGCGACAUUCCGCUACCGCUCGGAACCGUCACCAUCCUGUGCAUCGAUCUGGGAACUGACAUGGUACCCGCCAUUUCGCUGGCUUACGAACACGCAGAAUCCGACAUCAUGAAACGGCCGCCUCGUGACCCAUUCAACGACAAACUGGUGAACGAAAGACUUAUCUCGAUGGCUUAUGGACAGAUCGGUAUGAUCCAGGCCGCCGCCGGCUUCUUCGUCUACUUCGUCAUCAUGGCCGAGAAUGGAUUCUUGCCGCUGCACCUGUUCGGCCUGCGCAAGGGCUGGGACUCGAAGGCCGUCAACGAUCUGACCGACUCGUACGGACAGGAAUGGACCUACCGUGACCGCAAGACCCUGGAGUUCACCUGCCACACCGCGUUCUUCGUUUCGAUCGUCGUCGUCCAGUGGGCCGAUUUGAUCAUUUGCAAGACCCGCCGUAACUCGAUUUUCCACCAGGGUAUGAGAAACUGGGCGCUCAACUUCGGUCUCGUGUUCGAGACGAUAUUGGCUGCGAUUCUCUCGUAUACGCCCGGCAUGGACAAGGGUCUGCGCAUGUUCCCACUCAAAUUCGUUUGGUGGCUGCCAGCCUUGCCGUUCAGCUUGGCCAUCUUCGUGUACGACGAAAUUCGUCGUUUCUACUUGAGACGCAACCCAGGUGGCUGGUUAGAGCAAGAAACGUACUAUUAGGUCAACAAAUUUAUAUUUAAAAAGAUUAAUUAAAAAGAAGAAUGAAAAACUGAAAAAACUGGAGAUAAAAAAGAAUCGUAAAAAAUAACAAAAAAUGAGCAUAAAAAAGUAAUUAUAUUUUUUUAAUUAUUAAAUUUAUAUAACGUUAUAAAUUAUGAUUUCCACACACACAGACACACAAAAAAAGAUGAAACACACGAAGAUGAAAAAUACUAGCGGAAAAGUCGUGAAGAAGAUAAGAAGCAGUAUCUCCCGUCCUCAUCGAACUCAAUUCCCCCUUGUGCACAUUCUCACAUUCACAACCGACAAGUCCCCCCCUUGCAUCUAUAUUAUUAUCUCACGCACACAAAUGCACUCGCCCUGUCCCCCUUCACAUGCGUAUGGAUGUUGCCAUGGAAACUUUGUGUAGCGGAGAAAGGAGAAGAGAGCCACACGCGUUUGUCGUACAAACACAAGCAAAAGAGAUGUCAUGCAGCAGCAGCAAUUAGAACGCGAUCGGCUCCAGUCGAACCAACACAUUUGCACCCGGCCCAUCAGUCAUCGUCGUACACACGUGCACAUACACAAAAACACACAAUCACUCACAUUCGCCAGUUGCGCAUUUUCGGAGCAGCUAAUCGUUAUUGAAGAAACAUCGCGCGUUCGUGUUAGUUUUUAAACCACAGACAGAGACUCUUUAGCAGCCUAAGAGCUGAUGAAGCGAAGAGCGAGAGAGGACAUUUUACUAAAAUUGAGGAUAAAUGAUAAACAAGCGAAACAAGUAAACAGUAAUCCAAACCGUGUGCGCUUAUCUUCAUACCAACACACGCAACCACACUGACAGCCAUUGUGUACUAUGUCACAUGCCAUUCUCACGCGUACUCGAAGCCGAAAAUAGAUGUUUCGUCGUGUGAGUGUUCGUUUCAUUCGCCAUAAUGAUGUUCAAAAUAAAAACAUAAACAAAAAACUAAACCACACAAACAUACAUUCGAACACCUCUUCUCUCGUGCGCUCGGCAAUGCACUCGGAACAAACCCCGCCCGCUCUCCCUCUUUGUCUCUGUCUCUAUUCGCUAACCACCCACCUCCGCCACUUUCACCUCCUCCUCUAAUCCACCGCUUCCCCUCGACCUUGCUCCCCGCAGUCCUGCCCAAUAUCGUCUCGAGCAGGGACUACUUCCCCCCCGCCACCCUCGCCCCCUCGCCGCUCCCUUCUCCUCUCUAUCUUUCAUCAUUCUCUUAUUAUUAAUAAAUUAAAAAUAAAAAAGAAAUGAAAUCAACUCGUUGUUAGUUACAAAGAAAAGCUAAUUUAAAAAAUUUAAAAAUAAUGAAGAAACUCUAGUAGUAGUGAGAAGAAUCAACAAAGAACUAAAAUUUAGUAGAAGCAAAUAAGAAGAAAAAAAACAAGGAUAAGCGCAAGGAAAAUUUGUUAACGAAAGUGAAGUGAAUAUAUUAGAAGUGAAUAAAAGUUGUUUUAAAGAUCGUUUUUAUUCCUUCUCUUGUUGUUGUACGUUCCAUUUUAUCUCCCUCUCCUCCUUUUUGUCCCUUGACUUGGUUUUCCUCCCCGUUCCCCAUGUUUCAGUUUCUACUUUUUUCGUUUUUCGUCGUGUUUUUUUAUUCUCCUCUCUUGUUUUCUUGUUUUACAUCCUUCAUAAAAAAGAUCGCUUUCAUGCUUCAGGAAGACUGGCAUUGGGGUGUACGCUCUUGUCUUCCUCCCAAAAAGGGCCGUAUCCAGACGAGGGGACUUUACCAAGUUUCUUCGCUGUCAAGUGCGUCGCUAACACCCAGCCCCCGCCCUUCCCGGGAGGAAGAUUGAAAGAAAAAGAGGAAAUCCCAGUACUGCUUCCAGAAUUAUUUCAUAAGAAGCAACACCCAGAAGUGGUCGAUCGAUUUUUAAUGAGCUCUUAUUUAUUAGUGCAUAAAAAGCGAUAAUUGUUGAUUUUUAAGCUGAAAACAUAAACCAACAAUUUCUGAAAAAAACAUAAGCAGAAUUACAACAACCAACAACAACAGUAAGCUGCAGAUUAAAAUCCAAGCGUCUAAUAUUAAAAACAAGUACAUAGAAAGCAGACAAAAUGUAAGCAACGCGUCACAUAAAACUGCCCGAUUGUUGUAAACUAAUUAAAAAACGAAAAGAAAAAAGUAUUUCAGCAUACAAAGAAGAAGAAAAACCAUUUAAAUGUAAAUUGAAAACAAACCGCAGAUAAACCAAGUUAGCUAAAUUUAAAGAAAAAGCAGGCUAUUUGAAUUAAUACCAAUAAAUAAAGGAAACAAGAAAACUCGUUAUAACUGCUGUAGAACAGAUACAAAAACCAGAAAACACACAUUCACACAGAGCGAAUCAGAAAAUGACACGCAAAUACACACACAGACACCACACACUUUGAAAAUAAGAUUAAGAUUAAAGUAACAAAAAAAAAACAAGGAAACAAUAUUUCUCUUCAUGAAAACAAAAUCGAUUCCAAUUGAUACCAACCCCCCACAAACAAACUCCCAGCCCAGCCAGACACAGAACACACCCACAAACAUACGCGCAGAGGACAUUUUCAAACAAAAGAAAAAAAAACAACCAAGAUUGAUAAGUAGAAGCAAGCUAAACUAAGAAAACAUUCAGUAACAAAAAAAAUGAAGACGAAAAACCAUCAACAGUCAGCAGCAACCAGCAGUCUCUAGAAGCGGAGCAAUUCCCGGUAGAUAAUGCAGCAAGAGCAGAACGGUGGUGAAAGCAGAAUUGUCAAGAAUAAAAAAUCAGAACAAUAGUAUUUAACAAAAACGACGAAAAAUGGUAACGAAA